AUGUCCUCUACAUUAGAAACAAGCUUCGAGGCAUCGAAGCAAGCGGCGAACAAGGAGCUGCAAGCGCGCGCUGUCGAACUCUCUGCUGAAGAAACCAACAUUGCUGACGCCCGCAUUCGCUUUGAGGCCGAGCGGCUUCUUGACUUCUACGAGGAGCUCACGGACAGCUCGACACGCUCGAUUGUCCCUGUGAUGGUACAGAACUUCCUAAGGCACGAAGACGAGUGCUCGCGGACCACAUCCGAGGCUCUUCGUCUUGCAUGUUUACAUGCCAAUGAGAAUGCGGACAUUACACAGUGCAAUGCGCUUUUAGGUCGCAUCGACGCUCUGCGGCAAGAGGCAGACGAUCUUGAGGUGUCGAUACUUUCAAUAGUGGAUGCCGACACGUCAGAGGCUUGUGCAAAGGAAAAUUGCAGUGUUUCUCCCUCGCUACGUGGUCUACUGUCCGUCAUCCACGAGAAUGGCGUCAACCUGAUAUACGCUCGUAGUCUUGUGCAAUGCUCGAAGGAUAGCUUGCGGAUAGCCUUACGCAAUUGGAACACAGAGCUGUUGGCUUGA